UUGACUCGACUUGGAAAAACUCUCCAUCGUUCUCUCGUCUCUCUCUUCAAGAGAAAGAGAACAAAAAAAAAAUAAAAAGAUCUUCAAAGAAUGGGAAAGUACGGGGAGAUGUUGGAUCUAGGCGUGAGAAUAGUGGCGAGGUUUCAUUCUCACUGUCCUCAGACGGCGCGUCUCUAUUACCAUCCUCCUUCCGACGGCCACCACCAUCGCGGCGUCACUGAUUUAAUCGGAGGUGGUGUAACGGGUGGGUCGGGUCAAGAUUCGAAGGGGUUAGUUGGUGGGUUAGGAACCGGAACUGCUGCUGGUUGCGGUGUCAAGUCUUCUCAAGUGUAUGAAGACGCCAGAGAUCUCUUGUUAUUCUCUGUUGUUUGAUUGAUUUGUCAACAAAAAAAAUCAUAUUCUUUUGGUUACUUUAUUGAUUGAGAAAACUGUUCUUGUGAGGUUUUGUGAUACAUUUAAACAAUCUUUGGAUUCCAAAACUAUUGGAUGUUGAUGAUAAUUUGAUUAAUAUUUUUUGUUAGCUCUA